AUGGCCGAUCCUCUGAGCCUGGUCUCUGGUAUUGCUGGUGUUGUUAUACCUGCUCUGCAUGGUAUGCGAUUGCUUCUCCGGGAUUUGCAGGAUAUAAAGGACGCCCCGAAGAACGUGCAGGAUCUCAAGAAUGAGCUUUCCUUGGUAGACGGAGCCCUUUCGUCUCUUCAAGAUAUUGAGCCCGAAGACCUAGAUUCCCUUGGUCCAAGUGUGGGAGACAACAUUAAAUCAACAGUCAAAGUCUGUUCCACGGCUUGUGACAAAUUUCGAGCAGACCUCCAGCGAUGGACUCGCCAUUCUCAAGACAAAAAGCUUUCAUGGAGAGAUAGAUCAACUAUUGGAUUUUGGAAACAAGACGAUAUCAAAUCUAUACAGGGCAAGCUCCAUAACUGCCAGGUCAAUAUAACUUCGGUUGUUAGUACAGCGACACUCUCAUUCCAUCAUGUUAAGAUUACGCAAGAGAUCCGAAAAACACUAUCUUUAAAGGAAGAUGAGCUAAAAGCUGUCACUCAAAGUACGGUUCGGCAGCGAGGCCAAGUGGAGCUCCAGCUGGAAAGCCUGAGUAUUCAAGACCCCAAGCCUGAGGAGACAGCCAAAAAUCUUCAGGAAGAGCAAAGAUACCUAGAAGAAUCACAGAAACUUCUGGGUGAGCUUUUAGCGAAGAUCCAAGAAGCUGCAAAGCCGCAAGCCACACCUGUGGUCAAUGUUACCUUCGGCAGCCAAAACUCAGGCCUACAAAUUGCCACAAACAAUGCUCCCAUGAGUGGGUUCGUCUUUGGAGGAAGAGGUGAAUAA